CUCCAGGAUUUGAUUGUGAACAUUCUGAAGUACCAACCAGCUGUCAAUCAAGUCGAGCUCAACUUUUGGAACCCUCAACCGGAAAUGUUGCAGUGGUUGAAGGAAAAUGGGCUUGUUCUCGAGGUGUACUCUCCCCUAGGUAACGACAAGCAAGUCGGAAAGUCUCUGUUUGUUAAAGACAUCGCAUGCAAACUUGGGAUCAUCCCAGCUCAGGUUAUUAUCUCGUGGAGUGUCCAGCGCGGCAUGAUCAUCCUGCCGAAGAGCAUGACACCUGCUCGCAUCGCAGAGAACCUUGCAGUAUUUGAACUCCCACAAGAAGGCUUUGGGGGGUCGGAGACAGCGGCAGCUUCGCACCCUCCGCAGAGAGUGGUCAACACGAGCGCGGGCUGGAAGUUGCCGUUAGAUGUGUUUGAU